UGCCCGGGAACGGCCCGGGCUGGGGAAUGGGAAGCGCCGCCCGCGCGGCGGCACCUGCCCGGCACCAGCGCGGCGGAGGGCGCACGGUUUGGAGACCUCCACACCUCUCCUCUGCCCCGCAGGUCAGGACCGCGCCCGAGAGGAUGUACCGGAGCCUGGCGCUGGCCGCGAGCCCCAGCCAGGCUGCCUACGCCGACUCGGGCUCCUUCCUGCACGCUCCAGGCACCGGCUCCUCGAUGUUUGUGCCACCGGCGCGCGUCCCCUCCACGCUGUCCUACCUGCCCCGGUGCGAGCCGGGCCCACAGCCCCCCGAGCUCGCCGCGCGCCCCUGUUGGUCGCAGCCCGCCCCAGCGGAUUCGUCGGCCUUCGGUCCCGGCAGCCCGCACCCGCCGGCCGCGCACCCGCCCGGGACCACCGCCUUCUCGUUCACGCACAGCCCCCAGGGACCGGGCAGCGGCAGCAGCGCGCGAGGCCGGAACCGCGGCGCCUACCAGGGCGCGCUGCGGCCUGGGGAACAGUUCGCGGCUCCGCUUGGGCGGCCCAUGGGCACCUCGUAUCCCACCACCUACCCGGCCUACGUGAGCCCCGACGUGGCCCCGACCUGGACCGCCGGGCCCUUCGAUGGCAGCGUCCUGCACGGCCUCCCCGUCCGGAGGCCCGCCUUGGUGUCUGACUUCUUGGAAGAGUUCCCGGGUGAGGGUCGUGAGUGUGUCAACUGCGGGGCCCUGUCCACACCCCUGUGGCGCCGGGACGGCACCGGCCACUACCUGUGCAACGCCUGUGGCCUCUACCACAAAAUGAACGGCGUCAACCGGCCGCUCGUCCGCCCCCAGAAGCGCCUGUCCUCAUCCCGCCGCGCCGGCCUGUGCUGCACCAACUGCCACACGACCAACACCACCCUGUGGCGGCGGAGCUCGGAGGGGGAGCCCGUGUGCAACGCCUGCGGCCUCUACAUGAAGCUGCACGGGGUGCCGCGGCCUCUGGCCAUGAAGAAGGAAAGCAUCCAGACCCGGAAGCGGAAGCCGAAGACGGCCACCAAGCGCAGGGGUUCCUCAGGAGCCACAGCGAGCUCCUCGGCCUCCCCAUCUGCUGUCCCCAGCGCUGACAGCUCAGCAGCCAAGUUGAAACCUGAGCCCUGCCUGGCAUCCCCUAUGUGCCCUGGGUCCGGCACGGACCCCCAGGCCUCCGGCCAGGAGGAUGACUCCCUUGCCCCCGGCCACUUGGAGUUCAAGUUCGAGCCUGAGGACUUUGCCUUCCCCUCCACAGCCCUGAGCCCCCCGGCUGGCCUUGGGGGGGCUCUGUGCCAGGAGGCCUGGUGUGCGCUGGCCUCGGCCUAGGUCCCCAGGCAGCCUCCGUCAGGGGAAUAGUCUGGAACAGAGCACCCACUGAUUCACUCCGUGACUCCUUCAGUCCAGCACAGCAGAGACCAGCAGGCCAGAGACUGGGUGUCCCGGAGUCUCCUCGAGGCGGGAGGGAGGCCUUCUGUGCAGCAGGCAGUCAGCCCCAGAGCAAGAAGGCUGCUGAGGAAGGGCCCAGCCCCCCACCCCACGCACAGCAAGACUCCCCAGGUGCAGCCAAGGCUCCGGACCACACCGGCCCCCCUGCGGCGGCGGCCAACCCAGGGCACCACCUCCAGCUCGAAUUCAGUCCUCAGCACACACCGUCAAUCUGUUUACAGUUGUAGCAGUUGGGGAAAAGCAAUCAAGCUCCCAGUGCAGAGCCAAGAUGCCAAUCGAAGCGCCUGAGGCCGAGCCGGGGAGGGGAACCAGGGGAGCAGCUGGGCACGGACCUCCCAGGGCCUCGGCUGUCCUUUGCUGUCCCCAUUGAUAGACGGAGCUGGGUGAGGAGAGCCAUCCCGCAGCCGCUGCAGCACUGCCAAGGAUGGGCGUGCAGGCCGCAC